CUCCAGUUGAUCGUGCUGGAGAAGCCGGACCUGGGCAGCAGGAGGUCGGGAUCUUCACUGGACAGGACACUGACGUGGAAACAUGCCUCUGCGGUUGGACAUCAAGCGGAAGCUGACAUCUCGGUCAGACCGGGUGAAGAGUGUCGAUCUACACCCCACUGAGCCGUGGAUGUUGGUCAGCCUGUACAGUGGUACCGUAGUGGUCUGGAACCAUGAGACCCAGAUGAUGGUGAAAACCUUUGAGAUCUGUGACCUGCCUGUCAGAGUGGCCAUAUUUGUAGCCAGGAAACACUGGGUUAUCGCUGGAGCAGAUGAUAUGCAGAUCCGGGUAUUUAAUUACAAUACAUUGGAGAGGGCUCACAUAUUUGAGGCUCACUCUGACUACAUCCGCUGCAUCACUGUCCACCCCACACAGCCCUACAUCCUUACCAGCAGCGAUGACAUGCUGAUCAAGCUGUGGGACUGGGACAGAAAGUGGACUUGUAGUCAGGUGUUUGAAGGACACACUCACUAUGUCAUGCAGAUUGUCAUCAACCCCAAAGACAAUAAUCAGUUUGCAAGUGCCUCUCUGGACAGAACUAUCAAGGUGUGGCAGCUGGGCUCCAAAACAGCUAACUUCACCUUGGAAGGUCACGAGAAGGGAGUGAACUGUAUUGAUUACUACAACGGAGGAGACAAGCCCUAUCUGAUAUCAGGGGCUGAUGACCGUCUGGUCAAAAUUUGGGAUUAUCAGAACAAAACCUGUGUUCAGACCCUGGAGGGUCAUGCCCAGAAUGUGACCUGUGUCUGUUUCCACCCUGAGCUGCCAAUCAUCCUAACAGGCUCAGAGGAUGGCACUGUUCGCAUUUGGCACUCCAACACCUACAGACUAGAAAACACUCUCAACUAUGGCAUGGAGAGGGUGUGGUGUGUAUGUGGCCAGUCUGGUUCCAACAGUGUGGCUUUGGGCUAUGAUGAAGGCAGCAUCAUCAUCAAGCUGGGUCGGGAGGAGCCCGCCAUGUCCAUGGACUCUAGUGGGAAGGUCAUGUGGGCCCGACACUCAGAGGUCCAACAGGCCAACCUGAAGGCCAUGGGAGACACUGAGAUCAAGGAUGGAGAAAGGCUGCUACUGGGUGUCAAAGAUAUGGGAAGCUGUGAGAUCUACCCUCAGACCAUCCAGCACAGCCCCAAUGGGAGAUUCGUAGUGGUAUGUGGAGAUGGGGAGUACAUCAUCUACACUGCCAUGGCCCUGAGGAACAAGAGCUUCGGUUCAGCACUGGACUUUGUUUGGGCACACGACUCCUCACAAUAUGGUAUAAGGGAAGGCAACAGUAUGGUGAAAAUCUUUAAGAACUUUAAGGAGAAGAAGGCGUUCAAACCUGACUUUGGAGCUGAAGGUAUCUUUGGUGGUUUCUUACUGGGAGUGAGGUCAAACAGUGGUCUAGCGUUCUACGACUGGGAGAAUGCUGGACUUAUCCGCCGUAUUGAAAUCCAACCCAAACACAUCUUCUGGUCUGACUCUGGGGAGCUGGUGUGCAUUGCUACAGAUGAAUCAUUUUUUGUGCUGAGAUACCUGGCAGAGAAAGUGACAGCAGCACAGGAGUCUAAGGAACAGAUAACGGAAGAUGGGAUAGAGGAGGCCUUUGAGGUGCUGGGAGAGGUGCAGGAGGUGGUCAAGACAGGACUCUGGGUGGGAGACUGCUUCAUCUACACCAGCUCUGUAAACAGACUCAACUAUUAUGUUGGAGGAGAGAUCAUCACGAUUGCUCACAUGGACAGGACGAUGUAUCUGCUGGGCUACAUCCCAAAAGAUGACCGCCUCUACCUUGGAGAUAAAGAGCUGAACAUUAUCAGCUACUCCCUGCUGCUUUCUGUGUUAGAGUACCAGACAGCCGUCAUGAGAAAAGACUUCAGCACAGCUGACAAGGUUCUACCUACAAUCCCUAAGGAACAAAGGACCAGGGUAGCUCACUUUCUGGAGAAACAGGGCUUCAGGCAACAGGCCCUGGCAGUGUCCACUGAUUCAGAGCACAAGUUUGAACUGGCACUGCAGCUGGGAGAGCUGAAGAUAGCCUACCAACUGGCCUUGGAGGCAGAGUCAGAGCACAAAUGGAAGCAGCUGGCAGAGCUCGCAACUACAAAGUGCCAGUUUAGCUUGGCUCAGGAGUGUUUGCACCAUGCUCAGGAUUAUGGGGGAUUAUUGCUGCUGGCCACGGCCUCUGGCAAUGCGGACAUGGUGGGCAAACUAGCCGAGGGGGCAGAUAGGGAUGGCAAAACCAACGUGGCCUUCCUCACUUACUUCCUGCAGGGAAGACUGGACAAAUGUCUGGACCUCCUCAUCAAAACAGAUCGGUUGCCAGAAGCUGCAUUCUUGGCAAGAACCUAUCUGCCCAGCCAGGUGUCAAGGGUGGUGAAGUUGUGGAAGGAGAGUCUUUCCAAUGUCAACCAAAAGGCAGCAGAUGCUUUGGCUGACCCCUCCCAGUACAGCAACCUGUUCCCUGGCCUGCAGCAAGCCCUGCUGGCUGAGCACUACCUGAAGGAGACUCAUGUCAGGGUCAGACCUGCUGCAGAAUACCCACUCAUAACGCCAAAUGAGGACCGUGAUGUUCUGGAGGAAUCUGCAGGUUUUGUAGCCAAACAGGAGUUAAGUGAGUCAAAGGAUGUUGCUGAAGACAUGUUUGAAAGCACAGUGGCAGCAGUGAUAGAUGCUGAACCUGCAAAAGUAGAAGAGUCCAUUCCAACAGCAGCUUCUCCGGUGUUAAUGACAGUAAAAGAAGAACAUAUGGAACAACACCAAGCAGAGUCUGUGGAUACAGAGGAGGCUGCACUUGAACCAGAGAUGGAAGCAGUAACAGAGGACAUAGUCACAAAAUCAGUGGAGGCUCCGGUGUCAUUUGAGGAAAACAUUGUGGAGGAGCCCAUCACAGCGAUUACACCUGAAGAACCAGAGGUUGUACCACCUAGUACUGGAGAAGAUGUCACACCAGUUGAGGAGGAUGUUCAGGAUGUUUCUCCUCCUGCUGAAGUAUUACCUGCUGCCUCUGAAUCAUCUCUUAAUGAGGUAGGAUCAGAAACCAUCUUACUAACUGAGGAAGUACCAUGUGAGGAAACAGAAACCAUGGCAACAGAGGAUGUCAUUGAUGCCACUUUUGAUGCUGAUGUAAUAGUGUCAGGCGCAACUAGUGAACAGCUUAUCGAUGAAGAACUGGGAAAAGAUACAAUGCCUUUAGAUGCCCCAUCUAAUGUAGAUAUAGAAGCACCAGUAGCAGAGGAAAUGCCUAAGGAAGUCGUUACAGAAAUAAUCCCACCAAUUGUGGCCGUGGAGGAGCUCAUCAGUUUUGAUAACACAGUUGGUUUGAUAGACGAGCCUGUCCCUGUCCAAGCUCAAAGUUUGACAGAUCUGACCCUCCAGCCAGUGCUUGAACCUCUCCUAGAUCCAAUACCAGUGCUGGAGCCAGUCCCUGCUCAAAAAUCAGAUGAAGAGAAACAGUCCACAGUGCUUCCAGUUGAACCAGAGAAGAACCUGGAACCUACUGAUGUUCUAAAACCAGAGAUCCUAAACUCAACAGCAGCUGAGGCGGCAAAUCCUGAGGGAGCUGAGGAACCACAAGAGGACCUUGGGGCAGCAGCGAUUGAUGAGGGCCUAGAUGAUCUGGAUCUGGACAAUUUUGACCUGGAAGACAUCGACACCACAGAUGUGGACCUGGAUGAGGAUUUCUUAACUGAAUAGUAGAACUCUAUUCAUUAUUCAGUGACCAAAGGACUGGGCUGGCUUUGUGGACCAGAAUUACAGGACCCAGAAAAAUAUUCCUUUUCUCUUUCUCUAUGCUUCCUUGGUUGUGGACAAUAGAGUCUUUGUAUCUAUUUUUUCGAGAUAAGUGGUACUAGGAGUUGAGGAUUUUUUUCAUCCAGUAUUAUCCUUUCUAAAUAGUAUGGAUUUACUUUAAAGCCCUUGUGGAAAAUCUGUGCAUUCCAAUGUGCAUUUUAAAGAAGAGAAACCAUGGGGAGUUAAUUGUGAAAAGCUUUUUCACAUUAGACAAUUCAUUGUCAGUGGUUUACAGUAUAAAAUGUCUACGGUGUCUAUAUGUGAAUCUUCUUCAGUGGCAUACACAAGAGGUACUUUAAAAUUACUCAGUAUCUCUUCUUUUACCUCAUUUAACAGUACUGUUAGGGAAUGAAUCCCAUUUAGGUCUUCAAUUAGUCUGAAGUUUUUCAUCUUGGAUUUCCAUUGCUGGAUUCAUCUGAUUAGAGAUUUAUUUAAGGCUCAAAUCUGUGCUGCCUUUAAGUCUUUAAAGUGCCUUUUUUAUUCAGGUGAAAGUAUUAAAGAAAUUGUUGCAUCUUUUUAUGACCUUUGUCCCCAUUAUUACAAAAUAAAUGAUAGAACUCUG